AUGGCCUCGAUUGCUUCACUCGGGGUGCAUCAGCCCACCGGCUUGCGACACGCCAUUCAAGAAGGGAUACUCGACCCCGACCCGCCUCCAUCUACCUACACGUGGGACAUCAGCCUUAGCAAGGAGGGUGACAACGAAUAUGAGGAUGAAUUGCUCACGACGAAGAACUGUGUGCUCUGGUCCCGCGGCGGGGUCUUUCGAAAGAGCUUCAAAUUCGACCUCGAAAACGAACCUAUCGCCCAAGCCCUCCUAGCCAACUUCCCUGCCUCGGCCGAACACCAGUCUAGAGAUAACGACAAGCAAAAGAAGAAGGCCCUCGAAAAGCCCAACCUCUCGAAAGCUCUCGUCGUCUUCCUCAAGACCCAGGCGCACAUCUACUUCCUCUCCGGUGCCAGCCAUGUCGUCCACAUGCCCUUCGAAGUCGAGUCUGCCUGCGCAGCACCAUGUGGUGUCAUCAUUCAACGCAAGCCACGGGCGAACAAUACAGCUCCGGUUUCGUUGCGUCUCCCGAAAGUACCGCCCAACUCCUUCGUGUCGUUCCAGCCGCCGCCAUCGUCGUCUAAUACCCAACGAGGGCCCGAGUUCUCGACCGAGGGGUUGGGCAACCCGAAAGUACUGCCCCUCCGACUCAGCUCGACACUGGAAAAUAUGUGGCAACCUCCUAUGGAAACAAGUGAAAGUCAUUGGCCUCGGCUUGUUUGCCUGACGGAUCCGUUGUUGGAAAUCGGACUGGUGGUGACACAGCAAGAUCGGACGAAGCCUCCAAGGGGUCGGAGGGGUUCGACCGGGCCCCUGUUUCUCAGUCCUGCCGAAGAAAUGCUUCACAUAGAGUCUGUCAAGCUCCCGAAUCUACCGGCAUCGGAAGCUGGGGGCUUGCAUAUUGCCGUUACCGUUAACCGCGAAGCCGGCAUGUACACAGUUUGGCGACUGACCUAUCUAGAGAAUGAGGACCCAUUUCUGAGCAAAAAGAAAAAGAGGAGAACAUCAUCUUCGCGGCGACGGAGUUCUAUGGCUCCAGGCCUGCCAAGCGGAGCUGCCACCCCGAUUCACCCGUCCAUGAGAGAGAGCUUUGGUGCACCACUUCCAGGCAAAAGAACCAGGAAGAGCGUUAGGAUCGAGGAAAACGAAAAGGCCUUGGACAAUGCUCUCAACUCUUUGGAUCCGGACAAGCGCAACGAUGCUACUCGGAGGCAGUCACGCCGAGUAAGCUCUCUGUUGGCUCGUGCUGAUCUGUCUGCAUCUCAAGAUCGAGCAACCUUCACCGAACAGUCAAGCAGGAGGCUAGACUCCCAGGGGAGCCAGCGUGCUCGCAUGAGUAGUGGAUAUGCCGGUUCAAUAUUCAGUGGCAGCUUCAGCGGCAAUCGAGACUUGAACAGCCUCCAUGAAGCGCCGGUGGAUAACCUGCUGGACGAGCUUCGUGCUGGUGGUGAUUUUGAGGGGUUUCAUAGUAUGGGUCUGGAGGAUCACAACUUUGAUGGACUGACACGGGAGAUGAUGCUUACCAAGAUCCACAGCUUCAGCAUGGACAACGCCAACCUGCGAUACUCUCUAUCGGACAAGCCUGCCAGGACACACUCCAAGGUCUUUAUACUUGCUAGCCCUCCUACUGCCACGGAUGAGCAAGGGCGCGCCAUGCUUCUUGUUGGUAUCCAGGACCCUGUCGACAGGAGACUCCAGCUUCUGACCCUCCAUGUCGAUAUUCGUGACGAGAAGAUCACAGCAAAAAGUGCCAUGAAAAGUUUCUCAAACCCAAGCAGCCUCACUAUUGUUCCCGGUGAGCCCCGGAGGGUUCAAAGCGUGGUCGAUUCAUGCAAACUAUCCGACGGGCAUGAGACCAUCAUGAUCUUGUCUGAAGACACCUCCGGCGGAAGAGAGCUCAGCCUGCAGUCCCCUUGGGGCAAAGUAACGACUGUAACAUUACCAUUGUUAUUUUCUGACAACCUGCACAGCCUCGAUUACGCAGGCAGCCACAAGGUCAACAAAGAGGUUCGAGGCAGGCGGUCGAUGGGCAUUGGCAUGGCCUGCACUCAGAUAGAUUCCGUCUGUCACUCAAACUCGCGUGGUGUGGUUGACCUUCGAGACAAGGACGGCAGGUUUCAUCGAGUGAGAAUCCAGUUGCAGCCUUCAUCGCCUCAAAUACGUCGCGUCCUGGAUACUUGCCGGAGUGUCCUACCUACUUCUUAUGCCGACAAGCUACUGGCAGGGUGGUGGCACAUCAUGCAGUGGCUUCAGAGCGGGCGUGUUCGGGGUCUAAGCCGCCCCAUAGUGGACAAGGAAUGGACAGCACUCGUUAUACUGCUCUUUUCCAGCUUCCUCGCCUUGCGGCACAACAGUGAGACUUCCCUCAGGAGCUAUGGGGAGGGCGCAGCACAACCCCCAUGCCCGAAGAGCUGGGACACGAUGCGCGUAUACGAAAACCCCAGCUCAUCAGCGUGCCCGCCUUGGACUCGCACCAAAGCAUGGCGGUGGCUUCUUGAUACUCCAGUCUUUGAACCGGCCCCCGUGACUGCCGAAUCAGGCCCUCGUCCACCGAGCUUCCUUGCUAUUCACAUCGAACUAGCGCAGAAAUGGAUGGCGUCUUCUGGCGGCGUGCUGGCUUUUGGCUUUGAUGGAUACCUUCCCACGGCUCUCGGCAGAGGUAGCCCUGGACGCAGUAAUGCAGCAUGGAGUAUGAUGAUGGCGCUCCAUCUUUUCCUCGAGGAACAGAAACUGAACAUUCUGUCUCCCGAGGAUACGAUACACGGCCAGGUCGAUUUGAGGACAGCGCUCUGCCAGGUCUCUAGGUGGCUCGGCUGGCAGAGGCACGAAGCCAUUUAUGCGCUGGGCAUAGACGUGGAUCUGGAAUCAGUACAUGAUCUGGUUCCUACUCUCGCGGCCGAGGUAGUUGAACCGCCGACCUGCUUUUGCGUGCUGAGCUGGAUUCAGGACCAUCUUGCAUACGGUAAGGGGGGCGAGUUCCCGACAUUGCCUCUCGUCUACUCCACUGGCUGUCCAGAUGCAGUUUCUGGAAAGUCAAGAUCGCAGCUCUGGUCAUCCUUAACACCUCGAUCGCUCAUGUUUGCCAAGUUCUUUGGUCUUCUUGGCACCACAACGAACCGGUACGAAGUGGUUGUGGCCAUGUAUGAGGCUCGUUUCACAUCACAAAUUCUCGAAACAUUACCGGAGGCAGUUCUCACGCCUUUACAGGACAUUAUAUUCAUGUGUCAACCAAACCCACCGCCUUCUUGGUCCAAGGAGCUACUCUCUCUAGUGAGUCGGACUGACAUCAGCACUGUCUUGCGGCCAUCAAAGACAUGGCGACCACUUGGGGCUGAGAUCAAUGUGAGUGUUCGGUUCAUAGUUGUGCUAUUAUCUACUAACAUGCCCCAGGCCCCAUCACACGCUGCGAAAUGGGAUGUGCGAAUGCUGUGUCAGCACCUUGACGACUUCCACGACCGCGCAGAGGAGACAGAGGCCACAGAACGCCAGGCCGUGGUGCGCUCCUUGUUUAGAGAAGACAGACGGCUCAAUGAGGCUCAGAAUCUCUUAUCAACAUCCAAGCACCGCGUCGUCCGCCUCAACCCCAAGCCGGGCACAACGGAGCCAGAGUAUCUCGAGCAACAAAAGCAGCUUGUCGCUACUGUGGCGACGAGUACCCUUGCCAUACCAGCAGGCAGGGGCCUCUUGUACUUUGCUCUUCGCUUUCCACUUCUUACUCAAAAAUAUCAGAUCAACGGAUUUCAGCUCACAUGUGUCGUCCAGCCGAUUAACAACUCGGUCGGCGUGGACAAGGCCAUGUUUACUGAGGAAAAGAUUAACUGGGCCUUCUUCCACCAGGGCGUCUCGGGUGGACUUGCCAUCUCACCUCAUGCAAAAGGCAUUGACACAUCGUGGAUUCUGUACAACAAGCCGGGGUCAGAUUUGAACAAUCGACAUGCCGGAUUUCUGCUCGCCCUCGGCCUGAACGGUCAUCUCAAGUCGGUCGCCAAGUGGGUUGCGUUCAAGUACCUCACACCCAAGCAUACUAUGACAUCCAUUGGCCUACUUCUCGGCCUGGCAGCCUCGUAUCUGGGGACCAUGGACUCGCUGAUCACGCGCCUUCUGUCGGUGCACGUCACUCGUAUGCUGCCGAGAGGGGCUGCCGAGCUCAACUUGUCGCAACACACCCAAACCACUGGCAUCAUGGGCAUUGGGCUUCUUUACUGCAACAGCCAACACCGCCGCAUGAGCGAGAUCAUGAUGUCGGAAAUCGAGUAUCUCGAGGAUGGAGAGGAGGAGAACCCACUUCGCGACGAAGGCUAUCGUCUGGCUGCCGGCUUUGCUUUGGGCUUCAUCAACCUCGGCAAAGGAGGCGACCUGAAGGGGCUGAGAGAUAUGCGCUUGACGGAAAAGCUCCUGACAAUCGCCACGUCCACCAAGCGCGUGGAGCUGGCUCAUGUCUUGGACCGUGCCGCUGCUGGCGCUGUGAUGGCUAUUGCCCUCAUUUUCAUGAAGUCGGAGGAUCAUAUUGUUGCACGCAAGAUUGAUGUUCCUGACACAACGUUGCAGUUUGACUAUGUCCGGCCUGAUGUUUUGCUUUUGAGGACGGUGGCGAAGAAUGUUAUUCUUUGGAAGGAGAUCAAACCUACCUUUGACUGGAUCAAGAGCAGUUUGCCUUCUAUUUAUCAUUCACGGGCACGUCUGAGCAGCACUCGGAAGCUUCAAAGCAGGGACAUGUCUUUUUUCUCCAUCUUGGCUGGCAUUUGCUUUUCGCUGGGCCUUCGGUUCGCCGGCUCGGCGAAUAUCCAAGUUCGGGAUCUGCUUGUUCACUACCUCGACGAGUUUGUACGGAUCGUUAGAAGCCCGGUGACGAACUUUGACGCGGAGCUAGCUCGCAGCAACGCGAGGAUGUGUAUGGAUCUGGUGGCGCUGUCUUGCGCCACGGUGAUGGCCGGGACGGGGGACAUCACUGUGCUCCGUCGUUUGAGAGGUCUGCACGGUCGAGACGACAAGAGCACCACGUACGGAAGCCACAUGGCUGCUCACCUGGCGAUUGGCGCUCUGUUUUUGGGGUGCGGAACCGCCACGUUUGGGACGAGUAACCUUGCCACUGCUGCUCUCCUGGUCGCUUUUUACCCGCUGUUUCCUGCCAACGUCCAAGACAAUCGGGCGCAUCUGCAGGCGUUUCGUCACUUUUGGGUUCUGGCUACGGAACCCCGGUGUUUGGUUGCGAAGGAUUUGGCUACCGGUCAGCCGAUGAACACGCCGAUUAAUAUCCAUUUGAAACCGGGGUCUGCGACGGCUGUGGCGGCGGCGUCGCAGACGGGGAGUGAUGCGACAGAUCCGGAGGUUGUUAUCCUCCGGCGGCAGACUCCUUGCUUGCUUCCGCCGCUAGAUGAUGUCCUACGUGUUGCCACGGACGCUGGUGGACUGGGUUGUUGGGAUUUGACGAUUGAUUUUCAAAAUCAGCCCAGUCUGGCGGAUGAGUUUAGGAACAACCAGAGUGUUUAUUUGCGGAGGAGACCGGCGCAUGAGGGGACUUUCCCGGCGACGUUGCGCGCGCUGGGGAGUAGCGAGGUUGUUGACAAGGGGUUGGGUGGGAGGGAUCCGAUGGAGUGGGUUUUCGAGUUGCAGGCGCUGCGGGAUUUGACGCACGCGGAGAGGGGGUUGGUGCUUGAUCGGUUGGGGAGUAGUGGUGGGGGGGUGGGCGAGGGGCUU